AUGUGCCGCGUCUGUAGGCAUGUCAAAUUACUGAAACCUAUGGAUGGUGGCGGCUUCACCUGGGACAGCAACAAGUUCUCCCCCUUCGGGACAUAUUCCCAACUUCUUACCAGAAACCACUGCUCGAUUUGUCGCUUGAUUCUGUCGCUCGAUACAGUGGACGGAGGGCACACCCUGCAUCCGCGCCUCGCGCAGAUUGAUCGUGAAAUACAGGGCACACAGUUCCAUGCACAACUCUUACCUUCUGGGGAGGUCAUGCUGGGGGUCGAGUAUGGCAUGACAACCGUCGGAGCACUGCGAUUGCUCACACCAGACAAUUUAUCCGAUGCCCUGAGACAGCCCUGUCCACGCCUUGCGCUUGGGACUCUGUUCCUGAACAUUUACAACAAGCGGUAUCCACACUUGCUCGAGGGGGAUCAGAGAGUCGACUUUGGAAAGAUCCGCAGCUGGCUCUAUGAAUGUAACGGCAUUCAUGGAGAACUCUGCAACAGCCUGGGCAACACCCAGAGGUACGCCAGCGAGAUCCCGCCAAUCCUUAUCGAUGUCCAGGACAAUUGUUUGGUCCAAGCAGCAUCUGCGGAGAAGUAUUUUACUCUGAGCUCUGUCUGGGGCAAGGUCAAGAUUUCCCAAACGAUCAAUGCUAAUAUCCAAGAUCACUUUCAGAAGUCAAGCAUGGACCCCUCACAAUAUCCCAAUACCAAUACGAGACGCUACGAUAUUAGUCCGAUCCCUUGGUGA